GUUCACCCUGUGGAGGUACCGGCGUGAGCGCCGGGCUCCAGGCCCGGGCUGCCCGAGCUCAGCUGCAGCGGGUGUAGGCCUGGGUCUUCUCCGUCUCCCGGGACUCUUUCCGCCGUCUGAGGGGCAGCGGCAGGAGUUUCCUCGGCUUGAGUCCCGGGGUCGGGGUUGGAGGAGGCCCGGGCCCUCAGCCUGGGGAGCACCAGCCCGUCUCUCACCUGGUUCUCGCUCUUCAGUUACGGAGGCUCCUUUCCCCGCUUACCACGUGUGUAAGAUACGGGGGUGGAGGGUGGAGGUGGAGGAGAGGCCUUAAGUUGAGACCUCUCGCUGGGCCCUGUCCCCAGGCGCCCCUGUCCCUGCAGAGGCCUCCUCCCGGUGAAGGAGGACACGCCGGUAUGUGGCCCAGUCCAGUCCGGGCUCCCAGUGCCCGGUGCCCCCACCGGCUCAGCAGACGGUCGGUCGGGGGCUGGACGGAGGCGUGACCAGGCCCUCAGGAGGAGGCGAGGCCCCUUCCAGGAAGAUGGGAGCAGCUCUCACCCCGGCCAUCCCAGGGCUCUGACUUCUCCACGCAGGUGAACUCCUCUUCCCUCAACUCCCCCACGGGGCGCGGCUCCAUGGCCGCCCCCUCGCUGCACCCCUCCCUGGGGCCCGGCAUCGGCUCCUCGCUCGGCUCCCCGGGACAGCUGCACUCGCCCAUCAGCACCCUGAGCUCCCCCAUCAACGGCAUGGGCCCGCCCUUCUCGGUCAUCAGCUCCCCCAUGGGCCCCCACUCCAUGUCCGUGCCCACCACACCCACCCUGGGCUUCGGCACCGGCAGCCCCCAGCUCAACUCGCCCAUGAACCCCGUCAGCAGCAGCGAGGACAUCAAGCCCCCGCUGGGCCUCAACGGCGUCCUCAAAGUCCCGGCCCACCCCUCGGGGAACAUGGCGUCCUUCACCAAGCACAUCUGUGCUAUCUGCGGGGACCGCUCCUCAGGCAAGCACUAUGGGGUGUACAGCUGCGAGGGCUGCAAGGGCUUCUUCAAGCGGACGGUGCGCAAGGACCUGACCUACACCUGCCGGGACAACAAAGACUGCCUGAUUGACAAGCGGCAGCGGAACCGGUGCCAGUACUGCCGCUACCAGAAGUGCCUGGCCAUGGGCAUGAAACGCGAAGCUUGUGGGCGCGCUGCUCGGGCCCUGGCGGCGGAGGGGCUGCCGCGGGAGCUGCGGGCUGACUGGAAGCCUCCCCGUGCCUCAGCUGUGCAGGAGGAGCGGCAGCGGGGCAAGGACCGGGCUGAGAACGAGGUGGAGUCCACUAGCAGCGCCAACGAGGACAUGCCCGUGGAGAAGAUCCUGGAGGCCGAGCUGGCCGUCGAGCCCAAGACCGAGACGUACGUGGAGGCAAACGUGGGGCUGAACCCCAGCUCGCCCAAUGACCCCGUCACCAACAUCUGCCAGGCGGCCGACAAGCAGCUCUUCACCCUGGUGGAGUGGGCCAAGCGGAUCCCACACUUCUCCGAGCUGCCCCUGGACGACCAGGUCAUCCUGCUGCGGGCAGGCUGGAACGAGCUGCUCAUCGCCUCCUUCUCCCACCGCUCCAUAGCCGUGAAGGACGGCAUCCUCCUGGCCACCGGGCUGCACGUCCACCGCAAUAGCGCCCACAGCGCGGGGGUGGGCGCCAUCUUUGACAGGGUGCUGACGGAGCUGGUGUCCAAGAUGCGGGACAUGCAGAUGGACAAGACGGAGCUGGGCUGCCUGCGCGCCAUCGUCCUCUUCAACCCCGACUCCAAGGGGCUCUCGAACCCGGCCGAGGUGGAGACGCUUCGCGAGAAGGUCUACGCGUCCCUGGAGGCGUACUGCAAACACAAGUACCCCGAGCAGCCAGGAAGGUUUGCAAAGCUGCUACUUCGUCUGCCGGCCCUGCGCUCCAUCGGCCUCAAGUGCCUGGAACACCUCUUCUUCUUCAAACUCAUCGGGGACACGCCCAUCGACACCUUCCUCAUGGAGAUGCUGGAAGCCCCGCACCAAAUGACUUAGGCCCGUGGCCGUUCUUCGCACCCGCCGGUCCGGCCGCCCCGCCCGGCUGCCAGCAGCUCUUCUCAGCCGAGCCUGCCCCGCCCCUCCUCUGCCUGGAUGUUUGGACUUGGGGGCGUGGCCCGUCACUGCUAAGCCUGAGAUGUGCUGCCACCCUCGUCAUUUUCAGUACUACUCGACUGGACCGGGCAGUGGCCAUGCUGGGGUGGCAGCCGGAGUGGCAGGAACUGGUGUGAGCCCCGGGGGAGCCCGGGCGGCUCACGGGGUCUCAGGCCCCCGCCCCCGGAGCUGCAGCGGUCAGAGGGUGGCUUUGUUCCGUCACUGUUUUGUUGUCGCGAGGUCCUCUGUUUGCAGGGAUCCCUCUGCCUCCUGUGUGUGCUGGCAACCUGCCAGCCCGGCCUCACCCACAAUCGGGAGGAGGGGACAGGUGGGGGGGUUGGCAUUUCAUUGCAAAAGACUCCACCUGCCCCCUGGGAAGACGGGAGGGGCUCUGGGGCAAGCAGCCUUGUCUCCCCUCAGUCAGAAUGAAGGGUGAGCAACCCCUGUUUCCAAAGAUGACUUUCAGCCUUGUCCCCGAGCCAGUCAGAACAGAAGCUGACCUCUGUGUAGGGUUUUGGGGCCACCUCAAGGCUGCAGGGACUGGAGUCACCUGCCCACCCCACCCCACCUCAUUUCUCUCUUUGCAUCGUCCUGGUUUCAGCUUCUUGUCCCACAUGGUCCUGUCCAGCCCUGGGUAACCAACCCCCACCCCGCCCCCAAAUCUUGCAGUCUGUGCCCAGGGCCAAGGCUGACCCCAGUCCCCAGUCCUGGAGGGCUAGCCUGGUCUCUGGCCCUCCUGGAAGCACUGGAGGGCCAUGCCGACCUGGGCUCUGCUGACCUCUCAAGGGCAGAGGUCAUCACCAAGGAGGCCCACAGGGACGGGAGGAGAGGAGAGUCACUUUCCGCAGAGGGUCCUCGGGCAGCUGUGCACGUCGAAGGAGGGACUUGUGGGCGCAUGGCUCGGGGCAGGGGGCAGAUGGUCCAUUCUGGAACGCUCUGGGUAGGGAGGCCCCUUCGCUGGCUGUUCUGUCCAGAGGACUCUUGGGGUCAGGAACCGUUGAGAGCCAGCACCCUUGGGCCAGGGCUGGAUGCCCCUCGGGGACAGCCGGCCUGGCUGUGGUCUUGGCCGGCUGAUGGAGCCCUUUGUGGGAGCUCCAUCAACACCUGGUCUGGUUGAGGGCACCCCACCCAGCCCUGCACCCACCCCUGAA